GUGGGCAUGGUGGGGCUGGGCUGACGAUUGCACUAGAUGAUCUUUUCCAACCUUAAUAUGAUUCUAUGCAAGGAAUUCUGCAUGUAAGACUUGAUCUGGUUUCGCUUAGCUCUUACACCAGCUGUGUACUGUCACGGGGGAAAAGCUGUGACAUUUAGCGGUACGCAAAAACAUUCAUAGUGUGGAAAAACAUCAUAUUUUAUUUGUUGCUGCACUUCUAAGUCAGAAUAGGCAUGGCCCAACCCCGGCAACUCUGUGUCCCUGUCACAGCCUGUUGUGGGGAACCUGCUUCAGCAGGGCCCGGGCUGCGUGAUCGCCAGAGGUCCCCUCCAACCCUCUAAUUCUGUGUUCUGUGUUUAAAGCGAUGCUACAUAGAAUUUAAACGCCGUCCUACUUUUUACGCUUGCUGGAAGGAUGCUGCCCAACCCGAUUCUGCAGUGAUUUCCAGGAUUUGUGUGGGGCAAGAAAACGAGCCACGUCUGCCCAAGCAGCUCCUUCCUACUCUGUGAUUUCAACCCGAGCACCGCCUGAAAUAGCAUCAUACAGCCGCCUUUAGGCGCUAACGUUGCAGAACGCGAUUUAUCUAACAGCUCUCUCCCGGCGCCCGCCGACACUCGGCGCCGGCCGGCAACGGGAAGCUGACGGAGCCGCACCCGCAGCCCCGCCCGCGCACCGCACUGCUGCCGGGUCGGAGCCCAGCCCGCCUUCCGCUUCCCCUGCGGCCCGGAAGAGGCGUGUGGGCUCGCCAUGCAGGUCUCCAGCCUCAACGAGGUGAAGAUCUACAGCCUGAGCGCCGGCAGGAGCCUCCCGGAGUGGCUCUCAGACAGGAAGAAAAGAGCAUUACAGAAGAAAGAUGUGGAUAUCCGUAGAAGAAUUGAACUUAUUCAAGACUUUGAAAUGCCCACAGUUAGCACCAAGAUUAAGGUAUCAAGAGAUGGACAAUAUAUUAUGGCAGUUGGAACUUACAAACCGAGGAUCCGCUGUUACGAUACUUACCAGUUAUCCCAAAAGUUUGAAAGGUGCUUAGAUUCUGAAGUGGUUACAUUUGAGAUUUUAUCAGAUGAUUACUCAAAGAUUGUCUUCUUGCAGUGUGACAGAUAUGUGGAGUUUCAUUCACAGCAUGGACAUUACUACAGGACAAGAAUACCAAAAUUUGGUAGAGACUUCUCUUAUCACUAUCCAUCAUGUGACCUGUACUUUGUAGGAGCAAGUUCUGAAGUAUACAGGCUAAAUCUGGAACAAGGAAGGUUUCUGAACUCCCUGCAAACUGAUGCUUCAGAGAAUAAUGUUUGUGACAUCAAUCCUGUACACUACUUAUUUGCUACAGGGACAGCUGAGGGUAAAGUGGAAUGCUGGGAUCCUAGAACAAGAAAUCGAGUUGGGCUGCUGGAUUGUGCUUUAAGCAGUGUGACAGCAGACACAGAGGUGGAUUGUUUGCCAUCUAUUUCAGCGCUGAAAUUUGAUGGAGCUUUGAAUAUGGCUGUUGGAACAUCUACUGGGCAGGUUUUAUUGUAUGACCUUCGGUCUGCUAACCCACUGAUAGUCAAAGAUCACCAGUAUGGCCUGCCUAUUAAGUCAAUUCAGUUUCAGCAUCAGUUGGAUUUAAUAAUUUCUGCAGAUUCUAGAAUCAUAAAGAUGUGGAACAAAGAUACAGGGAAGAUAUUUACUUCAAUGGAGCCAGAAUAUGAUAUCAAUGAUGUCUGUCUUUAUCCAAAUUCUGGAAUGCUAAUGACUGCCAAUGAAGCCCCUAGAAUGAAUAUCUAUUAUAUGCCAGUUUUGGGACCUGCUCCUAAAUGGUGUUCUUUCUUGGACAACUUGACUGAAGAACUGGAAGAGAACCCAGAGAGCACAGUUUAUGAUGACUACAAAUUUGUAACCAGAAAAGACCUUGAAAAUUUAGGCCUUGCUCAUCUCAUUGGAUCAUCAUUGCUCAGAGCGUAUAUGCACGGCUUUUUCAUGGACAUAAGGCUUUACCAUAAGGCAAAAAUGAUGGCCAACCCCUUUGCUUACGAAGAAUACAGAAGAGAAAAAAUAAGACAGAAAAUAGAAGAAACACGUGCACAGAGAGUCCAGCUGAAGAAACUUCCCAAGGUCAAUAAAGAGCUCGCCCUCAAACUGAUUGAAGAAGAAGGAGAGGAACAACAGGCUACUAAAAAAAGGAAACAGAAGAAUCUGCCUAGCCUUCUCAAAGAUGAUCGUUUUAAGGUCAUGUUUGAGAAUCCUGAUUUCCAGGUAGAUGAGCAGAGUGAAGAAUUUAGGUUACUUAACCCACUUGUUUCUAAGAUAAGUGAGAAAAGAAAGAAGAAAUUAAAGCUCUUACAGGAGCAGGAAGCAAGAGAACAGGAAGAGGAGGAAGAACCAGAAGGAAAACCAAGUGAUGCAGAAAGUUCUGAGAGUUCAGAUGAUGAAAAAGGUUGGGUUGAAGAGGUCAGGAAACAGCGCAAGCUUCUGCGCCAAGAGGAAAAAGUAAAGCGGCAGGAAAGGUUCAAGGAGGAUCAGCAAACAUUACUAAAACCCCAGUUUUUUGAGAUUAAAGAAGGAGAAGAAUUCAGAAGCUUCAAAGACUCUGCCAAAAAACAAAAGUUAAUGAAGAAAACUCUCGGAGAUCGUUUAAAGCUUGAAGAAAAGCUUGGCACUCUCAAUGUAUCUGAUACGACAGUGGGCAGCAAACAGGCUACGUUCAAAUUAAAGAAGUCUGAGCACCAGAAGAAACAGCAGGAAGCUGAGAAACAACAUCGUCAAGAGAGGAAAGCUCUCAGGCGCUCUGCUGGUCAUCUCAAGAGCAAACAUGGAAGAGGACAACGGUUUCAUUGAUUUAUGUUAUCUUUUUAAGAAACUUUUUAAUGUGAAAAAGGGGCUUUGCAGUACCAGUGCAUUUGUAUUUUGUUUCAUUGAUGAACAGAAACCAGAACUUGCUAAACUCUGUCUUGUUAUUGAAAAGUUUAUGAAAGUGUAAGUAUUGUCCAAGGGAUGCGGUGCACAUGGUAUGUUAUAAACUCCAGAGUGAACUGUAUUUGUGCAGAAAUCACCAACAAGUGGUUAUUGUGUAACCCUAUAUGUUUUCUAUAUAAGAAUUUAUGUAUACAAUGAGGCUGACUGUCUUUAAUUUAAGAAAACUGUGGUUUUGCUUUCUGAAGUCUUUCUUUAUGACUUUUUUAGAUACACAAUCAGGAGAAAAUUAUUUUGUCUAAAAACUUUGCUUUACAAAAGCACAACAAUCUUUUUUUUUUAUGCUGCUUCUUGUAUGACGUAAUAACUGUGUUUUUCAGAAAUUGCCUUUGUCUUUUAUGUUUUGGGUUGCCUGUAUGUCUAAAAGGAGGUAAAAUGAUUGCCGUGAGAGCAACUGAGAAUGGCAAAUUGAGAUUUCAUUGAGUCAUUCAAUAAGGAGGAUUCUCUUUCCACACUCAUGUACAAAGGAGAAUUUGAGAAGGAUAUUUGGUGAGCACUGCAUUUAAUCAGAAAUGGUUUAAUAUGUUUUGGUAAGCAAGCCAUUAUUCAUGGUAGGUCAAAUAGUGUGCGUUUACAUACAGAGCUUAAUAUUAAGGCCACACAAGUAACCUCUAUUCCCCCAAAGUUAGUUUAGGUAACUAAGUUAUGAAACUAGAACAUAUAUGUUAAGAAUAUAUUUAUUUUCUAUGUCUUAUUUUUGAUUAUCAACAGAGUGCUUGUUGCUAAGCAGGGUAGAGCAUUUCUUCUUGAUACACUGUUUAAUUUUUUUUUUUAAUCUAGAAAACCCUUAAUUCAUGUAUGUCAUAGAAUCAUAGAAUUGUUCAGGUUGGAAAAGACCUUAAAGAUCAUCGAGUUCAACCAUGACCAAACCAUAAUACCCUAACAACCCUCCGCUAAAUCAUGUCUCUGAGCAAACUGGUGUCAUUCACUAGUUCAGUAAAUAUAUAUAUAUAUAUUUUUACCUUUGAUUCUAGGGGAGCUUUGUUAUUGCUUUUUACACAAUUUUUUAAGUUGUCUUUUCACUGUAUUCAAGAAACUGUGAACUUUGGAUCCAGCAAAAAUCAAUGAAUCUACACAUGACUAUAAAUCAUUGGUAGUUGUUAAGAGUUUUGCCUUAUAAACCAGAAAGGUUAUUAAUCCAUUCAGAUCUUCUGGAUAGUACUUAUCGUACUAUUGAACCAAAAAGCUAUGGGGAAAUCUUGCUUUCUUAAAGCCUGAUGCUUUUCUGAAUCAAGAUUGAUUGUCUUUUAGAUGUAGGAUAAUUCUCUCUGUUUUAAUUGUACCUGCUUUCAUUUCUUGCUUCUGGUUUUAAUUAUAUUGUUUCCUUUCAUUUAAAAAUGUUAUUUGCACAGUAUAGAUACAGUGAGGCAAACUAGAGAUAGAAAUAUGAGUAAUGGAUGCCAGCCAUUCUGGGGAGUAAUCCUAGAAAAUUAAUGGCCUCAGACAGUAUUUGUAAAUGAGAAUUGACUCAAGAGUCUGAAUAUUCAUGGCUGGCGUGUGUAGCUUCAUCAGUUGUGAUGUGCCUCUUCAGAAGGGAGACUACUGCAUUGUAAAUUCUUCUGCUUGUCUCUGCCUUGUUGAUGGUUCUUUGUUCAUUAUUUUCUUUGUUGUGCACUUGAUUGCUCAGGACUUAAAUGAGAUCAUAGUGGAAUAGGCAAUUAUGUAAUAUGCAGAAGAUGCAAAGUUCUGUGCAGUCUUCAUCUUAGCUACAAUUCAUGCUCACCAAUGGCUGAUGCAGAUUUUGAAAGACAAGUGAGAAUUAAUCAGAAACAGGUCUGUAGUUCUAAAGGAGGUGCAGUCCUGCAAUAAUCAGGAGCAGGGUUGAUGAGCUAAUGGUAAUGAAGUUCUACCAGCAGACCAAAUUGACAAGUCUGAAAGGCAAGUCAUGAAAAGGCAAGCUCUGAGGCAAGACCAAGGGCAAGCUAGCAGGUAAGGAUCAGGGAGUUACUUGGUGGGCAUGGGCAUACUUGCAACAUAGCUUAGAGGAGGACCAAGGGUGAUGCAGUUCCCAGUCAAAGCCUUUGGCAAAGCUUUCCAGAGCUUUUCCACACAGCUCUUCUCAUGGUAGUCCGGUACCCAAUUACUUGGCUGUACUCUACCAGAGCUGGCUUUAAGUACAGGCAAUGAAACCCUUGGCAAAGGAAGAGGUAGCAGAGCCUGUUCGUGUACUUAGAGAUCUGGCAUGAAGCAUGUUCAGAUUCUUGGGAUUGAUAAAAAGCAUUGAUAAAAGACUAGAUAGAAGGAGAAGAUUUGAGAGCUUCAACAGAGGCUGACAUAUUAAUGCAGCAUCAUUGCAACUAAUUAACUUCAUAACGUAGCCAAAAGAGGCAUUUAUUAGGGUGUCAUUUUCGUUACAUCAACGUUUAUUUAGCUAACCACACCACUUUCCAUACUACAGGAAUCAGUGUUGAUUCAGUAUGGCCAUUCCUAGAAGCUCAGCAGCUGCUGGAUAUUUUUUUAUAUUUAAGAUUCCUGCUCUGAGAUGAGUGACUGUAUGCUGUAGCCUUCUGGACUGUUUUGUAUAUAUAGAAUUUAGUGGUGAUAAUCAGUUAAAAAAAAAAAAAAAAAAAAGGCCACUGUGAGUAACUUCCCUUUUAGAGGUUAAAUGUGAGUGGAAUAGUGGAAUACUAGCGAGAGACCUGAAUCUGAUGUCGCCUAUACUUGAGCACUUCUUUAUUCCACAAGUAUUGUUGUUUACAUCAGGCUUUUAGUCAUUCAACUAACAAUGAACCAGAAUUACUUGUGUAAUUUUCUUUUAAAAAUGCUGUUAACAGACCAAGAAGCAGUUCCUGUGGCUGUAUAAUUGUCUGAAAUGGGGAGCAUCCUCCAGUUUACACACAGUGGGAGUACUGUACUCCUCAACUCUUUUUUAGUGUCAGAACAGAAGUGUGUAAAAUGUAUAUACGUGUUUUCAUAUAGUCUGUUUCUGGAGGUACAGACCUCCAAGGAGGUAUGAUUUGAAAUUGCUAAUUUCAGGAAUGAGUGGCAAAGGGGUACUGCUGGCCAGCAGAACUCCAUGCUUCACUCUAACCAUGUCCUCACCUAGCGGGUGAUGGGUGAUGUGAAGCACUCAGUCUCUAUUGUGUCUCUUGGCCCAGGAGGUUAUGAGGAUAUUUCAGAAGUGACUCGAUUCUCUCAGAGAUACCAUGACAUCACAGGACUUGCCUUCCUAGGCCCAAGAUGAUGUGUUGGACAGUGGCAUGAUUUAUCAGAUAUGUUUCUGACCACCUGGUAGUUGCUUCUACCAUUGUGAGUAUGUAGUGCUUACCCUGACAAGUUUGUGGUAUUGGUCCAACAUGGUCAUUUCACUAGGCCUCACCUUAUUGGAAUCCUUUCCACAGCUUACUGUUCCAGAGGGACUUUAAUCACACAGCUUGCUUGAUUGCAGCACGUUCCACACUGCUGGGUGACCUUUGUGGUAGCCUUGAUGGGCAGGUCCAUCCCUCAAUCAAGAGCCCAUCUGUGUGUGGCAUCUCUCCACAGAUACCCUGAUACUUCAUGGACCUAUCAAGCCACGGGCAGCUCCUAGUCCAAGGAGAGCCACUUCAAUUUUUGAAACCCAGUCUACCUGCUUAUUUUUCUGGUAUUCUUCAGAGGUUCGUUUCUUGAGUAUGUGAGCAUCUGUGUGCUGUACUUUUACAACAGUGUUUUCUGCUUGGACAGCAAUGUCUUGUAUGUCUUAUCACAGUGCAACAGCCCAGAUGAGUUCAUCUCUGCACCACUACUGUUCUGCUUCCAUUGCUGUAGCCACUCCCACAGGGUAUUUGGCACAAUCCAUGACCCAUUGUAGAGUAGUGUCCACUUUCUUCUUUUGGCAAUUUUUAGGUCCAGUUGGAUGUCUUUUACCUCUGCAAAUAUGUUCAACUUGCCUUCUCCUUCAGUGCCUUCCUCAUCUCGUCAUGUUGGACUCUAUACAGCAGCUUUCUACUUCUGAUGGGUUCCUGCAACAUCAACAGGAUCCAGCAGAGAACGAAACAUGCAAUUUCUGUCUCUUCUGUUUUUGUAGUGCUCUAGAGCUCAGGGUGUAUUUUCAUUCAAAUAUUCCAUUGGUUUUUUUUAUGAUUCUGCACUUCAGAGAUGAAAUUCAAAACCAUCACAAGCAUGACAGGCACCUGUCCACAUUCUCUCACCCAUCACCACACUGCCUUCGGGCAGAUACCUGGUGGUAUUCUUAACUGAUUUUUUAAUCCUAGGAAGAAACAGAAACACAUGGAGACCUAGUAAUAAGAGCAUGUUGGUUUCAUCAACAAAAAGAACUCUCCACACCAAAAUCAACCUGGUAAUGUGGACAAUUUACACAUACUCCACCCCUCAUCCCAUUACCACAUUACUACCUCACAUAUUCUUCACAGCUAUUACAUCAUAAAUUCUUCUCUGUUACUUAGUCAAUGUCCAGUCUGUGUUUUGCCCUUUACUUCUCUGCGUUAUCAUUCUUAUAUUUAAUUCCUUGAGCCCAAAGUGGAUGCCACAGAGGACAGAGGUGGUUUCAGAUUGAUGGGCAGCCUCUCUCAUUCCAGCUCCUCAAAGGAAAAGGGGAGAAAAUAUGAUGAAAUACAAAAGGUUCAUAGGUUGAGAUAAGGAUAAUGUAAUUAAGGGGGAAAGAAAGAGAAAUACAAUAAUUUUUUUUUUUUUUUUCAAAGAAAAACAAGGAAAAGCCAUGUGGAAGUAAAGAGAGGGAAAAUAGUUAUUCUCUAUGACCUGUCACCAAAAGAUGUUUGGAAAAAUCUUGUAACACAGGACUUCAUUGCACAUAGCAGUUAUUUGGGAGCGCAGAUGUUUUCAUAACAGAGCUCUCCUCCUUUCCUCUUCCCACUUUCAAUGCUGAGCCAUGGUAUGGAAUAUUUCUUUGGUUGGUUUAGGCCAGCUGCUCUGACAAUGUCUUCUCCUCACCUCUUGACUAUCCCUGGCCUGCUGGCUUUUGGGGUACUGAAGAGAGUCUUAAUAAUGGCCCAGUGCUGUGCAGCAGCAGCCAAACCAUUGGUGUGAUAUCAACACUGUUCUUGCUACAGCUCAGAACACUCGUGUGGAGAACGUUAACUCCAAGCCAACCAGACCCAGUUCUGAGGGAGUAAGAAUUUUCAAGCUAUUCUAUCUUCCUUUGUGAGUAAUAGACUUGAGUUCAAGGAAGAAAGACGCAAAGGGCAAACUUCCAAUUUUGUCUACAAGUAGCAGAACAGCUUGCCUGGGGAGUCUGUGUGGUGCCCACUGGAAGAUUUGCAAUGUCAGAUGAAACAUCUGCAGGAACCCCAGAGGUACAGAUGAGUGUGUCUGAGGAGGGGGAAUGGGUAUGUAAAUCUGAGAGGACCCCUCAAGCAUGGUGAUUGUAGAGUUGGUUGUAGCAGGGAACAGGCAUGCGGCCGUAAUGACUGGAGUCAUUUUUACCUUUUGCCCCAUCCUUUAACUGAAUUGCUCACUAGUUUUAUCUUUGUAUCUCUUUCAUGAAGAUUAAAUACUUUUUUGGUGUG